CUGGUGUUGCAAACCGUGAGGCGGGCGGGGUUAGUGCGUGGGACCCAGGUUGGAGGCUGGUAGCUGUAGUUCCGCGCGCGCGCCAAGGUGACUGAAGAUUUGAAGUCAUGGCUGGAAAACCCAAACUUUACUACUUUAAUGGGAGAGGCAAAAUGGAAUCGAUUCGCUGGUUGUUAGCAGCUGCUGGGGUUGAGUUUGAAGAAGAAUUUUUGGAAACAAGGGAACAAUAUGAGAAGCUCUUACAAGAUGGAUCUCUGCUCUUUCAACAAGUGCCCUUGGUGGAAAUUGACAGGAUGAAGAUGGUGCAGACCAGAGCAAUUCUCAGCUACAUAGCAGCAAAAUACAACCUCUAUGGAAAGGACCUGAAGGAGAGAGCAAUGAUUGACAUGUAUGUGGAAGGAACAACUGAUCUAAUGGGGUUAAUUAUAGUGUGCCCUUUCUUAUCAGCUGAGAAUAAGGAGAAGCAGCAUGCUGUAAUAAUCCAAAAGGCCACAAACAGAUACUUCCCAGUCUAUGAAAAGAUUUUAAGAGACCAAGGACAGAGUUUUCUUGUUGGUAAUCAGUUCAGCUGGGCGGAUGUUCAUCUGCUUGAAGCCAUUUUAAUGGUAGAAGAGAAGAAGUCCAGUGUUCUCUCGGAGUUCCCUCUAUUACAGGCUUUUAAAGCAAGAAUAAGCGACAUCCCCACAGUUAAGAAAUUUCUGGAGCCUGGCAGCCAGAGGAAACCUGUCCCUGAUGAUAAAUACACGGAGACUGUGAAGAGAGUUCUCCAAAUGAACUUUUAAUGUGUAAGCAAAUUAAUGUGGCUGGUUAAAAUAGCAGUGAUGAGCUCAAUGCUAGCAAAUACUCACACUUAAACUGCUUAGAAUGUACAUGUGCUGGUAAACUACAGAUAAAGGUAGUUGAAUGGAAUAGCUAACUGAACAAUAUGUGAUGCUAGAGAGGUGGAUAACAAAUAGAAAACACAAUAUACAAGUAUUAAUUACUAAGCUACUUGUCUACAUUUAGUAAGAUGUAUUUUUAUUAAAUUUCUCUUGCUGUUCUGAGUUAAUGAAAUGAAUACACACAUUGUCUAACUAGAAAAUUUUGAUUUUCUGGGGGAAGGUGAAACCUCCAGCGUAAUCACUUUUCACUAGUAUAAGCGUUUUCUGCCAACUCCAAGCGUUUACUCUAAAAUCCAGAUAAGAUUUCAGUGGGAUAAAGGGUUCUGUUUCGCUUGCACUUAGCUUUUUGAUGGUGGACGUACCCCUGGAAAACAAGUAAUUUUUUUUUUUAUUAUUAUUUUAAAAAGCCAGGAGGAUGUUACUAGAUCUCUCAAGUGAGUCAAGUUUGUGAGAGACAAACAUCAUAGCUCUAAAAUAUCCACAUUCUGUAUUUGUAUCAAACUUUUAUCUCCUUCUGCUCCCCCCCUCCACCCCCCACCGGUAUUAACCAUCUUAAGACAUUCUAUCACUGGAGUGUAGCCGUCUUGUAGCUAACUUGUUCCAUAAAUAUUCAUUCAACAAUAAUAUGGAAGACCUUUUGUAUUUAAUAUAAUACAAAAUAUAAUGUAUUUAACCUAAUAAAGUAAUUUCAUUCAUA